AUGGCGAGCCAGUUUAUUGGACUGCACAUGGAGGUCGUGUUGCGCGAGCCGUUGGGUUAUCGGCUCACAGGCAUCGUUAGGGAUGUUGAGGCGGGAAGCAGCCUGACUCUAACCGAUGUCCGCGCUGCGUCCACGGGCAAAGAAGCUGCGCAAAUGACGAUUGAUGCCGCUAACAUUGCUGGUCUUUCUGAGGUAACCUCCAAGCAGGUCUCGCCUACCAAAUAUGUUUCCCCUGCUUUGGAGGCUGGGCACCCCCCCGUCCCGCAACCUGCACCGCCGAAUCAGCAAUUACCACAAUCCUUCGUUGAUCCGGCAAUUUUGAGCGUUGGCAGACGUCCGACUUCGAAUACCCCGUCGGCUUCUGCUCCCGGGCCGCAGUACCAAUCUGACAAAGGAGAAGUCCCUGUUGAGCGGCCGGGGAUUCUUUCUUCGGUAACCUCUAACGACUUGCAAGGCAGGAGGCCUGAGCAGGAUAUACUGGAUUCAAUCCAGGGCUUGAAGAUCAGCCAUAACAGCAAUUCUGGCCGCCAGGCCUCAACAGCAGGGGCGGCAUCUCAAACUCCGUCACAGAAGAAGAAGGGUCGUUCAAAGAACUCCAAGCAGGCCAAGGCGAAUAAUGCUACAUAUCAGGACAAGCAAGAUGCUGAUGGAUCUAACGUGAGCGGUCAUGGCAAAGGCUGGAGACAAACACCAAUCCUCCAUAGCACACCACACUUCCAGCCGUAUAACUCUCUAAAGAGAAACGACAAAGGUCGCAAGGGGCUUGCUGACAACGGCUGGGCUUCUGAGGACGUGACUGAGGAAAUGGGCGACUUUGAUUUCGAAAAUAAUCUAGCCAAGUUUGACAAGCGCACCAUCUUUGACCAGAUGCGUAAGGAGGACGAAAUCGACGACGCUGAUCGUCUUGUAUCGCACAAUCGGCGACCGAAACCCGGCACGGCAGGCGGCAAAAACUUGCACUAUACAGAAAUGGUCCUCGAUGUGCCUUCUUCCAAGGGCGGACAAAACGCCGACUUCUGGAACAGCGAGGCGGAACUGGGGGUGAAUGAGUCGGAGAGACCGAGUGGACGAGAGGCGAAGAACGGCGGUGCUUCUUCUGCUACAGCGGCGGCUGCGGCGGCUCCUGUCAAGCCGCGAGCGGAGAGUAAGUCGGGGCUUUCAAGGCGUUCACAAUCCCGCAAGGCAAGUGGCGCCGUUACAAGCCAGCCGCUCAGCAGGGUGAACUCGUCUGUACGUUUAUCUCAAUCCUCCACCCGAUGGCCGACGCCUAAAUCAGGCAACCGUGACGCUGAUGGCCGUUUACAGCAGCGGGUCGAGCAGGCCGGUCUCUACCUCAUCCCCUCCCAGCGCCGCCUCGAAGCCAUUUCCACUCUGCAAAUGCUUAAUCUCGAAAACAUUGCCGCCAACGAGAUUGGCUUCUCAGAAGCCCUCAUGGCGGAAAACGCCGGCCGUGGCAUAGCAGAAGUAGCAGUCACAGCAUUGUCUGAUCCUGCCACGAAAGUCCGAUUUGGACUCGCUCUAGCCGCCCCAACAACUGACAUCUCCUCAUCUCUGGGUGCUUCGACUAUUGUCGUCCUCGCAGGCAACAACAAGUCUGGUAUUCGGGCCCUGGCGGCGGCUCGUCACUUGCGCAACAAGAACUUUGACGUCCUAGUCUGCCUUGUGGGUUUCGAGCGCGAAAAGGACCUUUUGGAAGACUUGCGGCGGCAAAUACAGCUAUACCGUGCAUUUGGAGGUAAAGUCCACAACAAGAAUGACUUUUUCGAGCAUCUCCGCAGAUCUUCUGCUUCGGCAACCCCCGUCUCCGUAUCUCUCAUCAUAGAUGCCCUCCUCGGAUUGACCAUGUCCUUUGAAGAACUCCGCAUAGGCGACCAAGCGACCGUCUACGAACUGAUGGAGUGGGCGAACCGCAACGAAGCCUUUGUCUUAUCCGUCGACGUGCCAACGGGCAUCGACCCUACCUCUGGCAAAAUCGCCGUCAUCGACGGCGCUCACCUCUACGUCAAACCGCGAUACGUCGUCGCUAUAGGAGCACCCAAGAAGGGGCUACUGGAGGCCGUCACGCCCCCUCUGGACGGAGAGCCUGGCCCCCUGAGCAGCGGCGCCCACGAAGAUGAGUGGCGACUGUUUAUUGCAGAUAUGGGGCUGGGCAGCGCGGUGUGGAGAAAGGCAGGGACCAAGGUACGCAAGGGCAUCGACUUUGAUGGCAAGUGGGUGCUUGAGAUGCGGUAUCAAGGCGUGGAAGAUGACUAUGAAGAGGAUUGA